UUUUUUCUUUCUUCGUAUAAAGACACAACACAUAGUAACCCUCACGUCGCUGUUUGUCUCUCUUCUUCUUCUUCUUCUUAUUAUUAUCAUUCCUUUCUUCUCCCUUCCCUUCCCUUCAUUCAUACUUUUUUUUUUAUUUAAAAAAAUCCAUAAUAAUUUGUAAGCAACCACGAUGAUAGAGUAACAGAGUAUUCGGUAAGAAAUUAAGUGAAGUCUGGUAAAAAAAAAUGAUUAGUAUUUAACUGAAUUCCAAACAUUUGGUUAAAAAAGAAAAAAGGAGGGUAUUUAUUUCCUUUGCUUCAAAAUGGCUCCACCUGGGAAGCUUUCUGGGUUUCAUCUUCAAGGUCAUCACUGGUUUAGUGAUUCUGGGUUGCCAAGUGAUAUUACUGUGUCUAUUGAUGGUGUCAAUUUCCAUCUUCACAAGUUUCCUCUUGUUUCAAGAUGUGGUAAAAUUGCCCGCACCUAUGAAGAUUCCAAGAAUACCUAUGAGAAGAACCUGACAGUGGUGCUGGAAGAAUUUCCUGGGGGUCCUGAAACUUUCUUGAUUGUGGCCAAAUUCUGUUACGGGUUUCGUGUAGAGCUGACAGCGAAAAAUGUAGUAUUAGUCCACUGUGCUGCAGAAUACCUUGAAAUGACGGACGAAUACGAAGAAGGCAACUUGUUGACAAAGUCAGAGAGCUUUUUCCAUAAAAAUAUAUUGCGCAACUGGAAAGAUUGUAUUUUGGCUCUCCAAAGCUCUGAGCCUAUUCUAUCAAGAGCUGAAAAUCUUAAUUUAGUGGAUAAAUGUUUAAACGCUCUAUCUAUGAUGGCUUGCACAGACCCGAGUUUAUUUGGAUGGCCGAUGAUGAUGUAUGGGAGUUUUCAGAGCCCGGGUGGAAGCAUUCUUUGGAACGGUAUAAAUACAGGCGCUAGGAUUCGGACCUCAGAAUCCGAGUGGUGGUUUGAAGACAUCUCAUAUCUCAGUGUCAGGUUGUUUGAGAGCCUUAUUAAGACAAUGCGAUCGAGAGGUAUGAGACCCGAAAGCCUUGCAGGUGCCAUAAUGUAUUAUUCUAGGAAGCACUUGCCAGGUCUCGGUCGGUGGCAGGGUGGACAAGGUGGCAAAACAAGAACAGUUGCGAGUUUUAGUUUGACGCCUGCUAGUGCUACUGUUGAUCAGAGGGUUCUUUUGGAAAGUAUUGAGAAACUUCUUCCUCAAAAGAAGGGAAAAUCUUUUUGCCGUUUCUUACUUGGACUUCUUCGUGUAGCUUCGAUAUUGAAUGUUGAUCAAGCUUGCAAGGAAUCUUUGGAGAGAAGAAUAGGGAUGCAAUUGGAACUUGCAACAUUAGAUAGUCUUCUCAUUCCUGCUUAUGCAGAUUCGGAUGCAUUGUAUAACACAGAUUGUAUUGAAAAUAUUGUCCAUCAUUUUGUACUUACGGAAUCAAAUUUAACCGCCUUUUCUCCUUCAUCGCUAGAUCCACAAGCAUCAUCGUCGUCUGAAUCGUUAAGGAAAGUUGCGAAGUUGAUAGAUAGCUAUAUUGGUGAAAUUGCGUCUGAUGUUAAUUUAAAACCAGAAAAGUUACGUGCUCUUGCACAAGCCCUCCCCGAGUCAUCGAGAUCAUUGCAUGACGGACUCUACCGAGCAAUAGACAUAUAUUUCAAGGCUCAUCCUUGGCUCUCUGAUAACGAGAAAGAAGAAAUAUGCAACAUCAUUGAUUACCAAAAACUCUCAAUCCAUGCAUGUGCUCAUGCAUCUCAAAAUGAUAGGUUACCCCUCAGAGUUGUUCUUCAAGUCCUAUUCUUUGAACAGCUGCAUUUGAGAACAGCAUUAGCCGGAUGUGUCAAUGCUUUGGAUGGUGAAAGCGCUCCAGCAGUUCCUGCUCAAUCGACUGCUCGACGUGGUACGGCUGGAGAAAUUGUACAAAGAGAUGGAUGGGUUGCGGUUGUGCGUGAAAAUCAGGGUUUGAAGGUAGAUAUGGAUAGAAUGAGUACUAGAGUCGGAGAACUUGAAGAAGAAUUCAGUAAAAUAAAAAAGGAAAUGAAAACCGUGACCAAAUCUCACAGUGCGCGAGGUUCUCCUCGGUUACUUGCAAGAAAACUCGGGUGCAAGCUUGUUCCUAGAUUUUCAGAUGCUCAACCUGAAUCCCUCGAACGUUCUGUAUCCACACCAAGAGCAUCAGUCGAGCGUGCACGCCGUUCCCAUAAGUCCAGACACACAGAAAGUUUUUCUUGAGAAUCAAGAAACCAUAUUUCCUCUUUAUUUGCAUUUAUUCAUAUAUACACAUUGUGUGGUUUAAAUUUUUUUGUACGUCGUGGGAAAGGGAAGGAAAAUGUUAAAAUCAUGAUCCAUUAUGCAUUUUUAGUCAAGCAAUUUGCAUAUGUGAACAUUUUCCAUUUCUUUCCUUCGUGUAAAGUUGUUUUUUCUUUGUACAUUUUUCAUAGGCAAUUUCACAUAUUGUCUUGUUUUGUUUGUGUAGGGAUUAGCCCUUGUAUUUAUCCACACAUAGGUUCAUUCUUCAUUUUGACACACUGGCAGUGUAAAUUGUGAAUUUUAGACAUCGAUUGUGAAAGUCAUUGUUGACACCAAAAGAAAGUAUAUUGGAGAUGCAAAAUUUGGAGCUCCCAACUGAAUGUACUUGACAAUGAACACAUUGCUAGUUAUGAUUGGUUGACAGUGUAAAAUCUUUACACCGGCGGUGUAUAUAAAAGAUAUUGCAUUAUUAUAUGUAUAGUUGUGACCUAGUUUAAUAUCUUUGUAAAUGACAAAAGCAAAUAUGGUAUGCUAGUUGGCAAUUGGUCUUUCUGCUUGGACCUGUUAGGGUCGGCAUUUGGGUGUUA